AUGUCAUUCGGCAAGCAGAUUCAGAAGCGCCAGCUUGAGGUUCCAGAGUAUGCCGCUAGCUUCGUCAACUACAAGGCUCUCAAGAAGCUGAUCAAGAAACUAUCGGCUACGCCCACGCUGAGCGCACAACAUGACCCUCUCCGCUCCGCAAUAUCUAUAGACUCCCAGGCUGCUCUUCAGGCCAACAAGGCCACAUUCUUCUUCCAAUUGGAACGAGAGCUCGAAAAGGUCAACGCCUUUUACUUACAAAAGGAGGCAGAGCUCAAAGUGCGACUGAAGACCCUUCUCGACAAGAAGAAGGUAUUGCAAUCUCGCAAUGGUGUAUCCAGACGUUCAGCCAAGUUCACAACACUCGAGGAGGGCUUCCAACAGUUUGCUAGCGACUUGAAUAAGCUGCAGCAAUUUGUUGAGAUCAACGGAACCGCCUUCUCCAAAAUCCUCAAAAAGUGGGACAAGACAUCAAAGUCGAAAACCAAAGAACUCUACCUUUCCAGAGCAGUCGAGGUGCAGCCCUUCUUCAACGCCACCGUCAUCAGCGAGCUAUCCGACCAGGCCACAACCAGUCUCCAAGAUUUGGGGGCCUGGGCGGAAGGUGACAAUGUCAGCUUCGAGCCUCGCAGUGAUCAUAUCGUGAGUAGUCAGCACCUGCUCGGAACCGACGAAGGUGAUGCGGACACACUACUGCUCGACACGGUCAUCUCGGGGAACAUCGAGGCAUUGAGGGAUCUGCUGGUUCGGAUGCGGACGGCUGCUAGCUCAUCCUCGGGUUCCGACAUUUCUUUGAUGGAGAGAGUAACUAGAACUUUCCUCGCCGCCAUCCACGAAGCGCCUAAAGAGACUCUACAGGCUCUUCUCGACACGGAUUUGGUCGACAUUCAGUCGGAGGAUGACAUCAACGAACGGAAUUGCCUACACCAAGCUGCCAUAUACGGAAAUUCGUUUGUUCUCGAGUACGGCCUGGCGAAAGGUGUUGCUGUCAGUCGUACCGAUGUGUAUGGCAGGGUCCCGCUGCAUUAUGCCAGCAUGCAUGGACGCCUGGACAUGCUUGAUGCUCUCACGAGUGCGGAUACCUCAACGAUAGAUCUCAUAGACCACGACAACUUCACGCCACUGGUACAUUCAAUUAUCCACGGCCAUCUGCAGUGUGUAGAGCGAUUACUGGCAAAGUCCGCUCGAAUCGACCCGGUUUCUGAUGCAGAUCAUGUCCCAUUGAACCUUGCCUGCGAGCACGGUUCGUUGGCAAUCGUGGAGAUGCUCCUGCAGCAUGGAGCACAGAUUGUUCCCGACGCUGAAGGACUAUAUCCCCAGCAUCUCGUAGCUCGAUCCGGCCAAAAGCCAGAACUCCUGCUUUUGCUCAAGAACUUCGGAGCAAAUCUUGAUCAGGUCGACAAAUUGUACGGUUGGACGCCAUUGGUCCAUGCUGCGAGCGAAGGCAAUGUUCCCUGCCUCCAGGGGUUGUUGGACGUGGGAGCAGACCCCAACAUCGUCGAUGAGAAGGACUUGCCGGCAAUGUACUAUGCGGUAUGGGAGGGCCACCUCGAAUGUAUGCAAUUGCUUGCUCCGUACAACGCGAGGACAAGGGCGAGCCCCAUGAUCAUGCAGCCCGGACUGGGUCCCAUGAUGGCCAGCAGCGGGCCCGACCCGAUGGCCCUCGACCCGGAUGCCAUCCCCGAGCUUGAGCUGCCGCCGCCGAUAAUACCACUGCGCCGGUACGGACACAACUUCCUGGACACCAAGACCGUUAUCCAGAUCAGUUUCGAGGAGAAUGGGGACCAGCCUCUGGUUUUCUUCCACGACGGAAAGUACCCUGCCGCUCGGCUCACGAUUUCGUCCAAGGUUUCCGAUCUCAUCCCGAAGAAUAUCAUGCUACCUUUCCAAGAAGAUACCCGAAUUGUUUCCUUUCAAAUCGACAACCUGGAGUCAUUCACUCUGGAUUUUGACGUUUUCCCCACCUACGGCGCGAAAAUUAUUGCGAAGACGGUGGCCCUUCCUAACACCUUCAAAGCGCUGCUUAGCAGCUCCGGAAAGUGCUGUCUGCCCCUUUUCGAUCCGAGGUUACGCGCUAUUGGCCAGAUCAGCUUCCACACCCAGGUCAUCAAGCCUUUCAACGGCAAACCACUCGAGAUCACGGAUUUCGAGACAUAUUGGAAGGCGACAAGCCAGUUCGACCGCAGUCCAAGCACAUUUGUGACGGGUUCGAGUUUGUCAGGCGACUUUGUCCAACUCUUCGUUCAGCACACCAGCGAUGGUGUGCCCGUCUUGUGGCCCAGAUGGACGAUACCGUGUGGAGGGAUCGACCUACCAAUCUCAAGAUUGACAAUGGAGCAGUUUAAUACGAUCACAUCAAGGAGCCCCAGCAGAGCCGAGUUGGCAUCACUGCCGACGAGGCCUCUGGAUGCGAUCGCGGAUGUUCAUCGAGUUCUUGCGACAGCCGGUAUUCCUCUCAACGAGGCGCUGGCUUUACUCCCGCAUGGCAUGCAUGUCAACAUCCAGAUCCUGUACCCGUCACUGGACGAGGAAAGAUCACUGGGUCUGGGUCCAUCGCUGGAUCUGAACACAUUUGUUGACUCUCUUCUCACCAUUGUAUUUGACCACGCCCGCGCCCAGCGAGCCCAGUCGCUUGAGUCGGUUCGUUCUGUGGUGUUCAGUUCAUAUAACCCAAGCAUGUGCACAGCACUCAACUGGAAGCAGCCCAACUUCCCCGUCUUCCUGUGCAACGAUUUGGGACGAGAGGAUGUCAUGGCUCCGCCGGACAUCAUUCAGAGCCAUGGCCGAAGGUCUGCAUCGAUCAAGGAGGUGGUUCGGGUUGCGCAAGGCAACAACUUCAUGGGCUUGAUUUGCUGCUCGCGGCUCUUGGAAAUGGUUCCUGCCUUGGUGGACGCCAUCAAGUCACAGGGUCUUGCGCUGGUCACAGACAAGUCGCUGGAUCCGUCCUCGACACAUUCUCUGACCGAUCCGUUCCCGCGGCUGCCCAAGGGGGUGGACGGUGUUCUCAAAAGUCACGGUGUUUUGCGCUUCAACGAAUCCAUAGACGUGUAG